AUGGUAGGCUGGGUAGAUAGAGCCAAUAGCAAAAGAGCACAUACUCUAGCUCAGAUUCCACAUGAAUGGAUCGAUCCCAACGUUAUCAAUGAAAUGAAAGAGAGGGGUUACGUUAAUACACGAGAGUACUUGGAUUCCGUGCUUCCCCAAAAUGAGGUCAGAAUUACAGCUUUGACAGCAACUGAGCUCAUUGAAAGGAUUAGAACCAGAAAGUUAACCAGUUUUGAAGUUUGUUAUGCUUUCUGUCACAGGGCAGCACUAGUACACCAAAUAUUAAAUUGCUGCAUGGAGAUAUUCUUUGAUGACGCUCUCAAUAAAGCUCGAGAGCUCGAUAACCAUCUAGUUACCACUGGCAAAGUGCUCGGUCCCCUUCAUGGUCUUCCAUUUUCUCUUAAGGAUCAAGUAAACUUACCGGGUAUUGACACCACCAUUGGAUAUAUUUCGAGGGUGGGACACAAGGCUGUGAAAAGGUCUCUACUCGCCAAAGUUCUUGAAAACGCAGGUGCUGUGUUUUUCGUCAAGACCACAGUCCCCACCGCUAUGCUUGCAUCUGAAACUGUGUCCAGCUUACACGGGCGAACUUUGAAUGCUCUUAACCUCAACUUUUCGAGUGGAGGAAGCUCUGGAGGAGAGGGUUCUUUAAUUGGUGCUCGAGGGUCCCCCCUAGGAGUCGGCACCGAUAUAGGAGGCAGCAUUAGGAUCCCUGCCGCAUUUCAAGGUUUAUACGGUCUGCGGCCUUCUCAUGGCCGGAUUCCUUACAUGGAUGUCACAAAUUCUUACGAGGGCCAAGAAUUAAUUCCUUCUGUUAUUGGGCCAAUGGGUUCAUCAAUUCAGGAUUUGGAACUAUUUGCUAAAUUGGUGAUAGACUCUGAAAGCUGGAAUUAUGAUCCCCAACUUGUUGCUCUACCAUGGAGAGAAGUACCACAUGUAAAAAAAGACAAGCUUCGGUUUGGACUAAUGGUCUCCGACAAACUCGUAAUGCCCCACCCCCCUGUAUUAAGAGCUUUGAUGGAAACCUGCGAAGCUUUGAGACGUUGCGGCCACGAGAUUGUUGAAUGGAAUUUCCCCCACAACAAGAGAAUGAUUGACGUUGGUGAGCAAGUUUAUGCAGCCGACUUUUACGAUGAAGUUCAAGAAAUUUUAGAAACAACCGGGGAGCCUAUCAGUGAGUAUAUGAAAAUUGCAAGAGAAAACAUAUCAUAUAAGGGUCAUUCAGGUAGGGCGCUCGGAGUCAGCCAAUGGUGGGAAAUUUCCAGAGAAAUAAGGUCUUUAAAGGAACAGUUUUUAGAAUAUUGGGAGAAAACUCGGGAUCUGACAUCUGACGGAAAACCAAUUGACGCUAUUAUUUGUCCAGCUUGGCCAUCCGCUGGCUUUCGAGAUGGAGAUGUUGAAUUUGGUUGUGAGAACUACACUGUUCCAUUCAAUGUACUUGAUUAUAGCUGUGUGGUACUUCCUGUUACACAGGUUGAUAGCGCGAAAGAUAUCCCGGACGCGUCUCAUAGUCCAUUCUCUACGGAAGAUAAAAAGAUACAUGAAUACUACAAACCAGAAAUGUUUAGCGGGAUGCCCGUAUGUGUCCAAGUGGUCUGCAAGCGACUGGAAGAAGAAAAGGCGUUGGCCAUUGCUGCCGUUAUAGAAGGUUGUCUUGCCAAUGUUGAGAAAUUGUAA